AGUUGGCUUCGGGACACAAUCGCGAGCGCAAUACCAAAGACGAUAUAUCCUCGGAAUCGCGCGGUGCAACGGGACACGAUCAAUCAACCGUAUAUAAUUGCGCCGAACUUGUAAAAUACAAUGUGAAAUCGGCAUUGAGAUCGGUACAAAUAAUUCGAAACCCCGCCAGCUCGAGGAUCGGUGCACGAUUUGAAAUGUCGCUGGAUCGACGAGCCGAUUUUCUCCACAGUCGUAACGAGUCGAGCUGUGCAUCCACGCGACAACGAGUGCAUCCGAAACAAUUCCAUCUGGCGUCGCUCGUCUGCUCUUAUUAAUAAUAUCGUAUAGACAGGUCGCCGCCGCCGCCGCGCGUAAUAAUAAUAACAGAGGCCAAGGCCGAAUCCUCGAUUAAUAAGUCAGAUAGGCCGGCGGCGCGCCGAGUAGCUACGCUCCGCCGUCUAUAUGCACACGCGGUGUCUGUGUGUGUGCUACCAGUGCUUUCUACUUGCCCUCUUUGUGCUUCUGUGUGCGUACAUUUGUCGUGAUUGCGUGUCUUUUCCCGCGCACACGGACAUGUAAUAAAUAUGUAACGUCGUGUAUCGUUAGACUUUCGGAUCCGUCGAAUGGCUGUACGUCGAUAAGCGCGACCAAGUGCCUGGCAAUGCCGCUCGUCUUUUGGUCUCGUGUCUCGUUUCAUGGACCGAGAAUGUCGUCUGCACGUUGGAUCAACGCUAGCUCCGAGAUAAGAUAAGAGAGAGAGAGAGAGGAAAAUGGAAAAUUUCUCGAGCAGCGAGCAGCAUCUGCUCGACUUGGACGAGGAUCCGAUGAUACCCGUAGCCACUGCGAGCGAAGAGACGGCCGACGACGGUACUCUGCAAGCAACGAUCGCCACGGGCUCGUUCAACGACGGCGCGACGUCCAACAACAGCGACGCGAUCGUCACCGGCUCGAUCGGCUCCGCGGGCCGCUCGGGAUCGUCCUCCUCGUCGGCGGCCUCGACCGCCGAUGCUCAGCAGCAGCAGCAACUCGAGUCCGAGCUGCAAAAGGUCCAGAGCUUCAUCAGGUCGAGUCCGCAUCGCUCGGAGGAGCCUACCCAGCAGCAGCCGCGAAGCCAGCAUCUGCCGCACUUGUUGUUACCCGGAAGUCGGCCGAGCGGGCCGAGAUACAUCGAGCUGAGCGAGCAGGAGGACGGCGGCGCCGGCGGUAGGGAGGAGUCGUCGUCGUCGUCGCCCGAGGGCAGAAGACGCGAAUCGCCGAAGAAUCAGACGACGACGACGACGAGCAACAGCAAGAAGUCGAGGGCCAGCGUUUAUCCGACCAAUCGAGUCUCGACGGUGUCGAGGGAUUGCUUCGGUCCAAAGGUACAAGGCGGCCCCUCGCAGGACAAUUCCCUGUCGGGCUCUCAAGCCACGAUAUUUCCCGGCGGCUGGGACGAGGACGGCGGCCUCGGGGACUACGACAAGACCGCCGGCUCCUCCUCCUCGGACUAUCAUCAUCAUCAUCACCAUGGCCCGGGUGGGCUGCGCCAGACGGCCUCGGCUCUGCUCGGGCCUGCCGCAGCCGCCGCCGCGGCGGACACUGCCAAAGCCGACGACAGCUAUCCCAACGACUUCGAGUGGGACACUCUAUUUUUCCGAGAUGGCCGGCGACGCAUCGACAUGGUGCUCGUCUACCGGGACGAGAGCGAGGGCGUGAUGACCGAGCAGGAGGCGCGCAAUCGCGAGCAGCGCCGCGUUUUCGAGCAGAAUCUCCUCAAAGAGGGCCUGCAGCUGGAGCUCGAGUCCAAGGAGACGUCGUUCGACGGCAAGACGUACUUCCUCAAGCUGCACAUACCCUGGAAGGUCAAGGUGCAGUACGCCGAGGUGAUGAAUCUCAAGCUGCCCUGCAAGCGCUUCAUCACGAUCUCCGUCAAAGCCUGGGACGAGGAGAACGCCAAGAUGAAGAGCAAGCGGGGCUGGAAGCGCGCCUGGACCCGGGGCAUCGAGUGGUUUCGCAGCUUUCACCUGUGGGACACGAGCCGUUACCCGGACGAGCCGAGCUUCUACGCGAGCACGGACACGGGCGAUCGCGAGGAGCGCUUCGUCGUCAAGGAUCGCGACACGGCCUUCACCCCGGCCCAGCGCUCGCUCAUCGUCAUGCAGAUCCUCCUCAGGGCCAGAUACGACGAGGUGCACGAAAAGUCGGGCAUCAGGCGUCUGCUGGCCGACGGCACCUACGUCGACUGCUAUCCGCUGCACGAGGGCGCCUACAACAAGCCGUCGAGCAGCGGCCAGGUGCUGGACCGCUACCUGCUCUACCUGAUCUGGGCCCGGCCGGCCCAGUGGUACAAGAAGCAGCCCCUCUGGCUGGUCAAGCGCUACUUCGGCGAGAAGGUCGGCCUGUACUUCGCCUGGCUGGGCUUCUACACGCGCGCCCUGUAUCCGCCGGCGAUCGUCGGCCUGCUCUGCUUCUUCUACGGUCUGGGCAGCAUGGACGGCGCGGACAACGUGCCGAGCAAGGAGAUCUGCGACACGAGGCUCGCGGGCAACAUCACCAUCUGUCCGCUCUGCGACAAGGCCUGUCCCUACACGAAGCUGGGAGACUCGUGUCUGUUCGCGAGAUUGACUUAUCUCUUCGAUAAUCCGUCCACGGUGUUUUUCGCCAUUUUCAUGUCUUUUUGGGCCACGACAUUCCUCGAGAUGUGGAAGCGUCGCCAGCAAGUCCUCGCCUGGGAGUGGGACAUGACCAAGGGCGAGGUGGACGAGGAGCCCAGGCCCGAGUUCGAGGCCUCGGUCAAGACGUUCCGCAUCAAUCCGGUGACGCGCGAGCGCGAGCCCUACCUGCCCGUCUGGUCGCGGACAAUGCGCUACAUCGCCACCGGCUCGAUCGUCCUGUUCAUGAUAUGCGUGGUGCUCGGCGCCGUCCUCGGCACCAUCAUCUACAGGAUCUCGCUGGUGGCGGUGUUCCACGGGGGCGGCUACUUUCUCAAGCGCCACGCCAAGAUCUUCACCUCGCUCACCGCGGCCUUCAUCAAUCUCAUCAUCAUCAUGAUACUGACGCGCAUCUAUCAGAAGCUGGCCAGGUGGAUGGUUAAUCUGGAGAAUCCGAGGACGCAGACCGAGUACGAGUCGAGCUUCACCUUCAAGAUCUUCUUCUUCGAGUUCGUCAACUUUUACUCGUCCCUCAUCUACAUAGCCUUCUUCAAGGGCCGCUUCUACGUGCACCCGGGCGAUCGCGACUCGCGCGCCUCCGAGUUCUAUCGCAUCAGGACGGACGUGUGCGACGCCUCGGGCUGCCUCUCCGAGGUCUGCAUACAGCUGGCCAUCAUCAUGAUCGGCAAGCAGGUCUUCAACAAUUUCGUGGAGAUACUGUCGCCGAAGAUGUGGAACUGGUGGCGGAAGAGAAGCCACAAGGCGGCCACGAGGGAUCAGUCGAGGCCUUACACCAGCUGGGAGACUGAUUAUCAGCUGCAGGAUCCAGGCAGGUUGGCGCUGUUCGACGAGUAUCUCGAGAUGAUAAUCCAAUACGGCUUCGUCACCCUGUUCGUCGCGGCCUUCCCUCUGGCUCCGCUCUUCGCUCUGCUGAACAACAUCGCCGAGAUUCGUCUGGACGCCUACAAGAUGACCAGGGAGGCUCGUCGGCCGCUGGCCGAGCGGGUGGAGGACAUCGGCGCCUGGUACGGCAUCCUCAAGGGCAUCACGUACGCCGCGGUGGUCUCGAACGCCUUCGUGAUCGCCUACACGUCGGACUUCAUCCCGCGCACCGUCUACUCGUACGUCUACUCGCCGAGCGAGGAUCUCGUGGGCUACAUCGACAGCUCGCUGUCCGAGUUCAACACGUCGCACUACACGUCGGACAUGCGCAACGAGGAGGACAUGCUGCGCCAGCCGCCCACCUGUCAGUAUCGUGGCUACCGCAACGGUCCCGAUCAUCCGAACGAUCCCUACGGGCUGAGCCCGCAGUACUGGCACGUGUUCGCCGCCCGGCUGGCCUUCGUCGUCGUGUUCGAGCACGUCGUGUUCGCCCUCACGGGCUGCAUGAGCUACAUCAUCCCGGCGACUCCGCGCUCCCUGGCCACUCAGCUGUCGCGCGAGCGUCUACUGGCCCAGGAGGCCAAGUACGAGAAGGGAGUCAAGGGCCGCGAGCACGAGAACGAGGUCAUGUCCGUGCUGAGGGAGGUCAGUCUCAACGGGGGUGGCGCUGGUGGAGGCGCCGGAGGCGGAGGCGUCGGAGGCGGCGGCGGCACCGGGAGUCGCGGCAGCUGGAUGCGGCGCUUCAGCAAACUCAGCGACGGACUGGACGCGCACAUAGACGUGCCGGCGCUGCCGCAGCAGGUCACGCUGCCGCGACACGGCUCGCAGCACAGCAACAAGCCGGCGAGCGACGGCGCCACCGUCUGGGAGGUGCACUGAGACGUCGUGCGGGGCUCGAGGCUGCUCUGGGCAGCGAGAAUAAUCGAGGCCGACCUAGAGGACUCCGCGUCGCGUCGUCGCAGGGCCAAGUGCUACGAGAUGCAGUGAUUUUUAACACGUGGUUUUGAAAAAAAAAAAAAAAUAUGACAAUAAUCGAACUCUCGAUAAAGUGACUUGCAUUUCGUUUUUAUUUCAAAUCGUAACGUGUCUUUUAUAUGCACACGCAAUCGAUCGAUAAAUUAUCAUAAUAUACUACUAGGGAUAGGUACGUGACAUUAUUUUUGAUGCCUGUAUAGAGCGAUGCGCGAUCAUGUGAUGGCUAUAGUUUUUAUUCGAUCGACAUAACGUAGCCGUACGAGAUUAUUACGAUAUUUAGGUGGUAGCAUAGAUAGUGUCGUUAUUUGGAGUAUAGCGGAAAUACCGAUCGCGGCGAGCAUAAUAUAUAUUUCACCCACCCAAGCAACGCACCUUAGAACAAUUGUUUAGAGCAAAUAUUUAGACAAUCACCAAAGAUUCAGUUUGAUGUUAUUCGAUGUAAAUAAUAGCUAUACGUAGAAAUCAUCAUCGAUCUUAAAUCGAUAAAUUGAUUAUAUUUUUAAUGUAUAGUUGAACGAUUCACUACGAGGAACUUAGUAGAGAAACGCUUUUAGUAAUUGCUUACACAAUAUAAUCUUUAUUAUUAUUUUUUUUUAGUAUUAUUUUUAGCCGUCGACAAAAUAAUAUUUACAACAAUUUACAUCGUACUUGAGUUAUAGUACUGAACUCUGUUGGUCUCACUCAAUCUCUCUAUCUCUCAUUUUCUUUCUCUCUCUCUCUCUCUCUCUCUCUCUCUUUCUUUCUCUCUCAUGUAUAAAUUUGUUUUUUUCUUUUGCUAAUAAACGAAAGGGCACUUGAAAACGUAAAAAUUGGAAUUCGUAUAUUUAGAUCGUUGAAAUAAUAACAUAUACUUUCGUGUAGAUUUAAAACAAAUUUUUGAAUAAAAAUCGAGUUUCUUGGAAGAAAUUUGUGAUAAAUGACCAAAAGCAACACCAAAUGACUAAACAAAAAUGUUUUUAUUAGGCUAGUCAAUAUUAUUAUUGAUAAAAGAAAAAAAUUAAUCAAUUUAAUCUUAAGAGUUGUCAGAGAAUCAUUAUGAAAUCAAUGUUGCUCUGUUAUUAAAAACACAAUAUUAAAAAUGUACAGUAGUAAUAUGUUAAGUUUUGAUUUUAAAUAAAUGAAUAUAAAAAAAUAAAAAAUAAA